CUGGGCCUGGGGCUGCUGGCUGUGGUGGGAUGAGGCUGGGCUGGAGCUGCACUGCAGGCGGUGGCUGAGGAAGAGGGGAAGGAUGCGGAGCCACAGGGUGCGCCUGGAGAAGGGCUCAGAUCAAAAGACUGCUGUCAUGUGUGGUCUGGCAGGAGCCAGCUGGGAGCAGGGCUGCUUUCAGGAGCUGCUGGUGCAGACAUGAGUGCUGGGUCUGCUCGCCUGCCGUAUAGCAUCAGCUGGAGAGCACAGAGCUGCAGGAGAGGUUCCUGACUGCCUUCCCUGGUUUUUGAUGCUGAAUCAGGAUUGUGUUAACUAAAGAUGGAAACACUGGAGUCAGAAUUGACCUGCCCAAUCUGUCUGGAGUUAUUCGAGGACCCCCUCCUGCUACCCUGUGCCCACAGCCUUUGCUUCAGCUGUGCCCACCGCAUCCUGGUGUCCAGCUGCUCCUCCAGCGAGUCCAUCGAGCCCAUCACUGCUUUCCAGUGCCCCACCUGCCGCUAUGUCAUCUCCCUCAACCACCGGGGCCUGGAGGGCCUCAAGAGGAAUGUGACGCUGCAGAACAUCAUCGACCGCUUCCAGAAGGCGUCCCUGAGCGGCCCCAACUCCCCCAGCGAGAGCCGCCGUGAGAGGACCUAUCGCAACAGCCCUACCAUGUCUGUGGCCGGCGAGAGGAUCGCCUGCCAGUUCUGUGAGCAGGAUCCGCCCCGCGACGCCGUCAAGACCUGCAUCACCUGCGAGGUGUCCUACUGUGACCGCUGUCUGCGGGCCACGCACCCCAACAAGAAGCCCUUCACCAGCCACCGGCUGGUGGAGCCGGUGCCCGACGCGCACUUCCGCGGACUCACGUGCCUGGAGCACGAGAACGAGAAGGUGAACAUGUACUGUGUUGCUGAUGACCAGCUCAUCUGUGCCUUAUGUAAACUGGUGGGCCGCCACCGGGACCACCAAGUGGCAUCGCUCAGCGAUCGCUUCGAGAAGCUGAAGCAAACCCUGGAGACAAAUCUCACCAACCUGGUUAAACGCAACAGCGAACUGGAAAACCAGAUGGCCAAGCUGAUACAGAUCUGCCAGCAAGUGGAGGUGAACACAGCCAUGCACGAGGCCAAGCUGAUGGAGGAGUGUGAUGAGCUGAUGGAGAUCAUCCGCCAGCGCAAGCAGGUCAUCGCCGUCAAGAUCAAGGAGACGAAGGUGAUGAAGCUGCGGAAGCUGGCCCAGCAGGUUGCCAACUGCCGGCAGUGCCUGGAGCGCUCCACGGUCCUCAUCAACCAAGCCGAGCACAUCCUGAAGGAGAACGACCACGCACGGUUCCUGCAGACUGCCAGGAACGUGGCCGAGAGGGUCGCCAUGGCAACUGCAUCCUCGCAAGUCCUGAUACCAGAUAUCAAUUUUAAUGAUGCCUUUGAAAACUUUGCUUUAGAUUUUUCCAGAGAGAAGAAGCUGCUGGAGGGGCUGGAUUAUCUAACAGCACCGAACCCGCCGUCAGUCCGUGAGGAGCUCUGCACGGCCUCCCACGACACCAUCACCGUGCACUGGAUCUCAGAGGACGAGUUCAGCGUCAGCUCCUACGAGCUCCAGUACACCAUCUUCACCGGCCAGGCCAACUUCAUCAGUCUCUACAACUCCAUGGACAGCUGGAUGAUCGUCCCCAACAUCAAGCAGAACCACUACACAGUGCAUGGGCUCCAGAGUGGCACCCGCUACAUCUUCCUGGUGAAGGCCAUCAACCAGGCGGGCAGCCGGAACAGUGAGCCCGCCCGCCUCAAGACCAACAGUCAGCCAUUCAAGCUGGACCCCAAGAUGGCUCACAAGAAGCUGAAGAUCUCCAAUGAUGGGCUGCAGAUGGAGAAGGACGAGAGCUCCUUGAAGAAGAGCCACACGCCGGAGAGGUUCAGCGGGACAGGCUGCUACGGCGCGGCCGGCAACGUCUUCAUCGACAGUGGCUGCCACUACUGGGAGGUGGUGGUGGGAUCCUCCACCUGGUAUGCCAUCGGCGUGGCUUACAAGUCAGCCCCCAAAAAUGAGUGGAUUGGGAAGAACUCCUCUUCUUGGGUCUUCUCCCGCUGCAACAACAACUUUGUGGUGCGGCACAACAACAAGGAGAUGCUGGUGGAGGUGCACCCACAGAUGAAGCGCCUCGGGGUCCUCCUGGACUACGACAACAACGCGCUCUCCUUCUACGACCCGGCCAACUCCCUCCACCUCCACACCUUCGAGGUCUCCUUCAUCCUGCCAGUGUGUCCCACCUUCACCAUCUGGAACAAAUCCCUGAUGAUCCUCUCGGGGCUGCCCGCCCCGGAUUUCAUCGAUUACCCCGAGCAGCAGGAGUGUAACUGCCGGCCCCAGGAGUCCCCAUACGUGUCAGGAAUGAAAGCCUGUCACUAGGCUGCGCAGGCCUGCCCGUGCCCCGUGGCAGCACUGGCCGUGCUGGCGGGUGCCGGUGGCCGGAGCUGCCUGCUGGCAGCCGUGCUGGAGAGCCGCUGUGGCGCCCGAGCGAUCGAGCACCAUCCGCACCCAGCUCCAUCUUAUUUUAAUGGAAAAGUGGAAGAACCUCAAACCACGGCUGGGAAUGAACUGCUGUUGGUGAGCUCCAGAGUGCACAAGAGUGGCUGGAGCAGCUCCUUGGCGGUGGCUCCCAUCACUCCCUGAGAAGAUUGUCACCUGGAUGGUUCUUCCCUUGGGGGCUGGAAAGGCUGGGGCAGGUGUCAGGGUGACCUGAGGUGCCGUGGUGGUCAGGGAAUGGCUCAUGCGUGCCAUGAGGUGCAGGUUGGGACAGGAGGGUUGGGCUCUGGAGCCCGCUGACAGCUGAGUGACAGCUCAGAGCACUGAGCAGCACUUUCCAGGGAGGACUUUGCGUGUGGCUGAGGCUCGGUAGCUUCCCUGGUGGGGUGGAUAAGGCCUGGUGCCCUCGGGCUCGGCGAGCACUGGGUGGUUGUGUGGUGGGUGGUGGUCCCGUGGUGGUCCCAUGGAGGUCUGUGGGAGUGAAGAUGGCACUGAGUGUGUUCUGAGUGGCUGUCCAUGCUGUAGAUGGCAUAGUCCUGAUGCAUUUUCGGGGUCUUGCAGUGGAGAGCCAUGGACCCCCACGCCACCACCUCCUCCUUUGAGAGCUGCAUCCUUGAGGAGCUCUAGCCCCUGGCGCAGAGGUUUUGCAGCUGCUCCUUCCCAGUAUGGGAUCUGGCCAGCAGUGCCCUGCUCCACAUAGGCCUCCAUUAGUGUCCUGCCUGGUGUCCCAGCAGCAAAAACUCAUCUUCCUGCUCUGAGCCUGCGGUAGAGUCCUGCUCAAAGACCACCUCUAUGCUCUAUGACCCAAAAUCUCAAUUUAUGACCCCAAAUCUUGACUUCUGGUUUGUUCUCCACCAUGCCAGGGGGUUGGACUGGGUGCAUUUUAAAGAUCCCUUCCAGCCCAAAUUAUUCCGUGGUUCUGUGGAGGUGUGGGUGUGGAGCCAUCCUAUUUACUCUGGGGCAAAGGACUGAGUCUGUCCCCGAGGCUCCUGGUUACUGCGAGCUCUUUGGCUGUCACCAGUAUUCCCAGUAACCACCAGCAUCAAGCCCUCUGGCCAAGCUCCAGUGUCUGGAUUUAUUUGAGAGGCCAGGAGGAGCUGGGCUGGCACACAAUCCCUGUGUCACAGUGGGGGCCUGCGGCACGGUUUGGGGCCAGUGGGCAUGUGAGUGGCUGGGACAUUGUGGGGGCACUCUGCGCCUGGGACGGGGCCAUCCUGAUUGCGUGUGUGGACUGGGGAAUGAGAGGCUGGAGAGCAGCUGCAGGAAGGGACCUGAGGGUCCUGGUCCAUGGUCAGUUGGAUCUCAGUCAGCCAGGAGGGAAAUCCCUGUCCUGGGGGCAUCAGGCCAGGGAGGGCAUUGUCCUUCUCUGCUCUGGGGUGGGGCAGCCUCACCUUGAGUCCUGGGGGCAGUUUUGGACACCACAGUAUAAAAAAGGCAUGAAGCUGUUAGAGAGUGAACAAGGAAGGGCCACAAGGAUGGAGAAGGAUCUGAAGGGGUCUUAGGAGGAGUGGCUGAGGUCACUUGGUUUGUUCAGCUGGAGAAGAAGAGCGGAGAGGUCUCUUUGUCAUCUUCAGCUCCUCCCAAGGGGGAGUGGUGGGACAGGUACCCGUCUCUUCAUUCUUGUGACCAGUGACAGGACUGAGGGGAAUGGCUGGAGCUGAGUCAGGGGAGGGUUAGGUUGGAUAUCAGGAAAAGGUUUUUCCCUCAGGGGGUGGUCGGGCUCUGACCAGGCUCCCCAGGGAAUGGUCAUGGCCCCAAGGCUGCCAGAGCUCAAGGGGCAUUUGAAUAACUCUCCCAAACACAGGGUGGGUUGUUGGGGUGUCCUGUGCAGGGCCAGGAGCUGGACUGGAUGAUCCUGAUGGGCCCCUUCCAACUCAGCCUGUUCUGUGAUUCUAAAGCCCAGGCUCUGAGAGUGGCUGCCUUGGACAGGGCAAGAGCCCCUUGGGGCUCAUCCUGUGGGGGCUGGGGAAGAGACUGGUUGAAUUCAUGUGGAGCCAGUUCAGAAUUCAUCUGGUGACCCCCACCAGUGACCUGUCCAAGGGGUUUAUGUUGGUGAGUCUGGUGGUGACAGCUUUGCCCAGGAAGAGAGUGUACAAGAGCCUGUUCCCAGCACGCCAUCCCUCCGUGUGUCUGGGCUGUGGGUUUGGAAAAGGGAGGUUGGCAGCUCCUCGGGAAAGGAUCUGCUGCCUGUCCUGCCAAGCUGACAGGAGUUUCCCUCUGAUCCAGGCUGCUUUCCCAUGGUGCCUGGCAGGGCCAGCGCAGGGGAUCCAUCCCUCCUCCUGAGCAGGCAGAGCGGCUCCAUUUGCUUCUCCCAGCCCCGGGGUGUAGGAGCACAGGGAGGGUGCAGCAGGGGCAUAUCUGCCAUCUCCACAGCCUGCCUCAUGGCCCCGUCUCACUUUGGGAGGUUAAAUCACCCUUUAAGUUGGAUGUUUUUAAUGGAAAAGUCUC